AUGCGUCUGCACAAGGGAUCGUAUGAACUGAAACCGGGUUUCUACAGUGAUCAGAUUCAGAACAAGAUUUUAGGAUACGUAGGAACUAUCGGAAGUACUCUCAGUAUUGCCAUAGCAGAAACGUUGAGCCAUCUUGGUUUUAUACAAGUCGCUAUUGCUUCUACAAGUCCUACAUUGAGUGAUCGAUCUAAAUACCCAUAUUUUAUGAGGAUACCAACUGCAGAUGAUCAACAAUCAAGAGUUAUUUUAGAAAUAUUGAAGUCUAUUGAGGCGAAAUACAUCCAGGUGUUGCACAGUCAGGGAUCUUAUGGCGAAGGUGGUCUCUACAUCAUAAAGGAACUGGCGGGUUCUAAGGGUAUUUGUGUUGCCAAUAGCAUAGAAGUUGUUGAAAGUGUUCAAGUUAGUAUUUACAAUAAGCUUUUACCAGAGCUUCGAAAACACCCUUAUGCAAAAGUUGUAGUCAGUUUUAUAAGAUCCCACAUACUGGAGAAUGUCAUUGUCAGUAUCACAGAAAGUAUGAAUGAUGAUGAAUUUGUUUUCAUAGCCUCUGAAUCAUGGGGACGCCGAGAAUCACUUUUGAGUAUUCCCAAUAAAGACAAGAUACAAGGUUCAAUAUCAGUAUCACUUGAACUUCCCCUUAUCCCCGAGGUUUCAGAAUAUUUGAAAGAACUAGAUGAACAGAAUCCGUGGAUACAACCCUUUUGGGAAAGGCAAGGAUCUUGUAUAUUUGCCGGCAGUUUUGAAAGAAAGAAUCGGGACAAAGACUGUAAUUUAACUACAUUGGUAACACAAGAUCCUUGGGCACCAUUUGCAAUAGCUGCUACCUACUCGGUGGUGACCGGAGUGAUGAAAACACCUUGUACUGAAACUGACAGAUGUCCAGCAUCGGAUCCAGAAGCCAUCAUAAAAUACAUGUAUAAGGUAAAGCUGAUAUAUAUAUCCUAUUUGAUCUAUUGGUUUAAAGCAAUUUCCAGAUCAACUAAAGAAUAUACAUAUCCAUAA